AAAAUUCCUCCCAAAAUUAAACUAUAAAUACCAAAUCCUCCCAUCUCUCAUAAUCUCCGCUUUUGCCCUCCUAUUCUAUUCAUUUCAUACUUUCAAUUUUCUAAGGUAGGGUGAGGAAAUGGCCGGAAAAGGCGGGAAGGGGCUUUUAGCUGGAAAGACUACGGCCGCUGCUGCAGCCAACAAGGAGAAGGAUAAGAAAAAGUCGAUUUCUCGGUCGGCUCGUGCUGGUCUUCAGGAAAGUUUUCUCAUCAUAUCCAUGUCUGUGCGGAGGGAGUUUCCAGUCGGUAGAAUUCAUCGUCACUUAAAGUCAAGAACUAAUGCCCAUGGAAGAGUUGGGGCAACGGCAGCGGUUUACUCAGCUGCAAUUCUUGAAUAUCUGACAGCAGAGGUGCUUGAGUUAGCUGGAAAUGCUAGCAAAGAUCUGAAAGUAAAGAGAAUAACACCAAGGCACUUGCAGCUGGCCAUUCGCGGGGACGAAGAGCUCGACACUCUCAUCAAAGGAACCAUAGCUGGUGGUGGAGUGAUUCCUCAUAUCCACAAGUCCCUUAUCAACAAAACUAACAAGGAAUGAAUAAAUUUUGAGUCAAGCCACUUGACCUGCACCGAUGACCAUUGGAAUGACCGUGUCCUCAUUUAAAAAAUCCCCACCCCCAUGUGUGUGUGCCGUCAUACUCACGGUCACUCCUGCAGUUCGUGUAGCACAACCCAAAUUUUUUUCUCUUUUCUGAUGAACAAUGUCUUUCUGUUUCUUGUUUUAGGUAGGUAUUUAUAUGCAGCUCUGAUCAUCUAGUUGACUAGUAGAUUUGUUUAAUAUUUGUCUUUUAUAAUGAUGGUAUCUAGUGGAUUUUGAGAUUUUAAA